AUGGAAUUCGAUUCUUAUACGGAGCGAAAAGCUUUCGAUGAGACGAAAGAAGGAGUAAAAGGACUCGUGGACGCUAAAAUCACCGAAGUACCUCGUAUCUUCCACGUCCCUCAAGGUUCCUUGACCGACAAGAAACCCUCUGUCUCUGUUUCAGACCUAAAGAUCCCUACCAUCGACUUGGCAAGAGUCCACGUGGACAAAGCGUCACGUGAAGCAGUCGUGGAGAAAGUCAGGUACGCGGCGGAGAAGUGGGGAUUCUUCCAGGUGAUCAAUCAUGGUGUUCCUUUAAACGUUCUUGAAGAGAUGAAAGAUGGAGUCCGGAGGUUUCACGAGGAAGAUCCUGAGGUCAAGAAAACAUACUUUUCGCGAGACUUCGACAAGAAGAAAGUUGUCUACAACAGUAAUUUCGAUCUAUACGGUUCUUCGUCGUCUGUUAAUUGGAGAGAUUCUAUCUCUUGUUUCAUGGCUCCAGAUCCUCCAACUCCUGAAGAACUCCCAGUUGCUUGCAGGGAGGCUAUGAUCGAAUACUCAAAGCAUGUGCUGAGUUUAGGUAGUUUGCUCUUUGAGCUUCUCUCUGAAGCACUAGGUUUGAGAUCUGAUAUCCUUAAGAGCAUGGAUUGUUUGAAGACAUUGCUUAUGAUCUGCCAUUAUUACCCACCUUGUCCACAACCUGACCUAACUUUGGGGACAAGUAAACACUCAGACAACUCUUUCCUCACGGUUCUUCUUCAAGACAACAUUGGUGGUCUUCAGAUUCUUCAUCAAGACUCUUGGAUCGAUGUUGCUCCUCUUCAUGGAGCUCUCGUCAUCAACAUUGGAGAUUUCUUGCAGCUAAUAACGAACGAUAAGUUUGUAAGCGUGGAGCAUAGAGUGCUUGCGAAUAGACAAGGACCAAGGAUUUCAGUAGCGAGCUUUUUCAGCUCAAGUCUACUUCCGAAUUCCACAGUUUAUGGACCGAUAAAAGAACUUGUGUCUGAAGAAAACCCUCCAAAAUACAGAGACAUAACCAUAAAAGAAUACUCAGAAGGAUACUUUAAGAAGGGUCUUGAAGGAACAUCGCAUCUCUUGAAUUUCAGGAUAUGA